AUGAGUUUUUUAUUAGCAUUAAACGAGUCGAAGAAAAGUGCAGAAGGCUCUGUCGCAAGUGAUAUUACCGAAAAAGUAUUUGAGAAAGAAAUUCAUGAAAUGAAUAGUUUGAAUAUGAUCAUGCACAUUGAAGGCUUAAGGGACAAAUCCUUUGGUGAUGAAAAGGAGAAAAAAGAAGAAAAUAAAAUAAAGAUGAAAAAUACAGAUAAUAAAGAAAAAGAAGAGAACGGUGAAGAAGACGAAGAAAAGAGUGGUUCUAUUAAGAACAGUUUUAUGAAGAUAUUUCAAAAGAAGAAAAAAAAAAAAAAAAAAAAAACUAAGAAAAUAAAAGAACGUAAUAUAAAUAAUAUAUAUGAUUCUAAUUGUUUAUUAACUAAUCCUGAUAAUGUAGACCCAGAUAAAUAUUAUCUUUCAUUCAAUGAGUUGAAGAAAGAAAAUAAUGAUAAUGAAGAAAAUUAUUCUUCAAAUGACAAACAAAAAAAUAUAGAUGAUUCUAAAGAUAUAGUUCAAACUAAAGAGAGUAUGAAUAAAGAACAAAUAAAAGAUAAUGUGAAAAGAAAAAAAAAAAAGAUAAAACUUUCAUCUUAUGGUACGAAUUCAAUGGAAAAUGUAAAAAUCAAAAAUAAUGAUUCAAAUGAGAUUAAUAAUAUGGACGAAACAAAUAAUACCAUAUAUAAAGAAAAACAAUCAAAUGAUUCAAAGGAUAAGAAAAUGAAAUCAAAAAGGUUUAAAAAUUUAAAGAAAAAAAUAACGUCACCAAAAUUUACAAUGUCAACAAAAGAUAAAAAUAAAAAGAGUCGGAAUAUGAAUGAAAAUAAUUUUAAUUUUGAUCCUGAUGAUGAUUUAAAAAAAGAAAUUGAAAAGAUAAAGAUUGAUAUUGAAAGAAUAAAAAAUAAAGGAAAUAUAAAAAGAAUGUAUGAUGAUUUAAAAUAUAUUUUAUUAUUUCAAAAUGAAAUUGUUAAUAUAAUAAUAGAAGAUAUACGAAAAAAUAAAGUACGAACAAAAUAUGAAAUGCUUGAAGAUAGUACUGUAAAAGAUGAUGUCAAUAAAGUUAUAUUAAAUCAUAUUACAUUUGAUCUAUUAAAAUUUAAAUAUAUUAAUACAAAAUUAAAAGAAUUAAUUUUGUGUGUAUAUGAUACAAAAAAAUUUAAUGGCUUAGUAAAAAAAAUUGUAAAUAAUAAAGCUCAAGAAAUGAGGGAAAUUGUACACAAAAAUGGAGAAUUAUCAAUUGCCAAAUCUAUGUUAUCCUUUUUAUAUAAACAAUUAAAAUACUGUAUUGAAGAUGAAAUACAAUGUUAUUAUAAUGAAGUAAAAAAAUUAAAUGAUGAUAUUCAUAAUAUAAAAAGGAAUGUUAUGAAUAUAAUUUUUAAGUCAAUUAAUGAUGUAUGUACCAUUCCAGAUCCUUAUCAAAUAUAUGAUAUUGGUGAUAAAAUUAAUAGGAAAAAAGGUACAAAAGAAAAUGAUAAUUUAAAUGAUAUUAAAGAUGAUGAACAAGUUAUAUAUGAGAAGAAUAUUGGGGAAUAUGAAAGAAAACAACAAAUGAUAUGUCCAGAUUACAGUAGUGAUUUAAAUUUAUUUUUUUCUCUCUAUGACAAUAUACAUGUAGAAAGGAAAAAGUAUAUAAAAAAUAAAACAGUAAUGUUUAAAAAUUAUUGUGCCGAUGGUGAUAAUGAUGAUUCUCAUAAUAAUAAUAAAUUUAAUAAUAAUGUUAAUAAUAUUUAUGGUAAUAUGAAAAAUAUAAAAUCGUCAACAUAUGGUGGUAAUAAUAAUAUGUCAGAUAAACAUGCUCAGUUUGUAACAUCUUCAAAAAAUAUUAAUGAAACGUACAUACCUACGCAUGUGAAUAAAUCCAUUCGUUCAGUAGUAUCACAAAAUUAUUUAGCUCCUUAUAAUAUGUUCCAGAAUCGACACAAGACAGAUGAUGUUAUAUAUGGUGAUAGAAAUAGCCAUUAUUAUAUAAAUAAGAAUUAUGAAAAAGCAUCUAAUAUUAGUAAUAACAUUCCUUUAAAUGUUAAGUUCAUAAAAAAAAAUGCUAAUAAUCCUCGACAUACAGUUUCUAAUAUGAAAAUGAAAAAGGAACAAUAUUUGGAUGAUUUGAAAAAUUAUUAUUGCAAUAUAAAUAUUCCAUGGAUUGGUAUGACAUGUACGAAUCCUUCAAACAGUAGGAGUAAAAGUUUUUUAAGAAGAAAAAGUAGUAAUAAAAAAAAAGAGAAGGUAAAUGAUGUUUUCGUAUUUCACAGUGCACCAGAUAAUGAUAUAAAUCAUACAAAUGAUACAAAUGAUAUAAAUGAUAUAAAUGAUAUAAAUGAUAUAAAUAAUAUAAAUGAUAUAAAUGAUAUAAAUAAUAUAAAUAAUAUUGACAAUAAUAAUAUAUUUGAAUAUGUGGACUAUCAUGAUAGUGAUAUGUAUAAUAAGAAUGUAUAUCCAAAUAAUGAUGUUUAUAGUAAUUAUCAACAUGACUCAAUUUAUGUUCCAUAUCCGAAUGAACUAUUUAAUAGGGAUCAUAUUAUGUAUAAUAACGAUAAUAUGAUGCAUGAUCAAAAUUUUGUAUAUAAUUAUGAUUAUAAAAUUCAUGAUAUGCAAAGAAAUAAUUAUCCACAAAAUUAUGUGAACAAUAAUUAUAUGAGAAAUCAAAUGAAAAAUAGUUAUAUUGAUAAGGAUAUGUUGGAUGGAAGUUUUAAUAAAAUGUCUCAUAUAAUAAAUUAUAAAGAUGAAUACAGCAAUGAUUAUUCUAAUUAUAAAAAUUAUAACUUGGGAGAAAGUCAUAAUAAUUCAUUACAUAUGUAUAAUAAUAUGAAUGAUAAUGUAUAUAGUGAAAGAUAUACAAAACCGUCCAAUGUUCCUUCAGUAACAUUUUUAAAAAAUGAAGUUAAUAUAAGGAAUAAAGAUGAUAAAAACAAAUAUAGUGGUUUUGAAAUUAUUUCAAGCAAAGAAGAUAUAAAGAAAUUAGAGAAUUUAUUAAAUGAUAAAUGGGGAAGUUUUAAAUUAUUUGAGAAAUGGAUUAAAGACAGUUCUAAAUGGCAAUGGAUUGAUUUAAAACUUCAAAAAGAAUUUAUAAAUAGUAAUAUAGAAUUAGAAAAAUUAAAGGAAGAAAAGACAAAAUAUUUAGAAAAAUGUAUAAAUAAUAAAAUAAAAGAAUUAUGGUGUGGUCGUAUGAAAGGAUUAAUGAAUUUAAAGAUAUGUAAUAUGGAAAGGAAAAUAUUAAAACGUUUCUCAAAUUAUUAUAUUAAUCAAGAUAUCUAUGAUGUUGUUCUUGAUUUUGAGAGGAAUUCUAUGUGUUAUCAAGAUUUGUAUGCAAAGUUUUUAAAUAUUGAAGUAUAUAGUAAAAAAGUUGAUUUCAUUAAUAAAUAUAGUGAAUAUAAUGAACAAUUAUAUGCUGGAGGUGAUUAUAUAUAUAAUUAUAAUAAUAAUAAAGAUAAAAAAAACAAAGUAAAUGAUGAAAGUAAUAAAAUUAGUCAAAAGAAAAAAGGAUAUGUACAAUCAUUAAUUUAUAGUUUUAAUAAAAAAUCACAGAAAAGUAUUAAUAAUAAGAAUAAUACUCAAAUACAAAAAGGAAAAAAAUAUAAUAGUAUUAUGAAGGAUCAUACUACUUCAGUACAAUAUAAAAAUGAUAAUAUAUAUAAUAUUAUGGAUAUAACAAAUAAUAGAGCAAAUGCAGUGAUUAAUAAAAUAGAAGCCAUAAAUAAUAAAGCGGACAUAAAUAAUAACAAAAAAGAAACACCUGCUAACCUUAUAGAAAAUACAAAUAAAAAGAGUAACCUUGGGGAUAAUAAUCGUAUAGAUGAAGAUACUACAAAAAAAGAUCAAACUUUUGAUAAGCAAAAGAAAGACCAAAAAGAACAAAAGAAAGAACCAAAACAACCAGAACAAAAGAAAGAACAAAAAGAAGAACAAAAAGAAGAACAAAAAAAAGAACAAAUGAAAGAACAAAAAAAAGAACAAAUGAAAGAACAAAAAAAAGAACAAAUGAAAAAACAAAAAAAUAUAUAUAGUAAUGGUCAAUUGAAUAAUAUGACACAUAUAGGUAAUUUUUCAAUUAAAAAAAAUAGAUCACAUUUUGAUAUCAGUCUACAAGAUUCUGGUGGUAUGUUCAAUUCAAAGAAAAAUUCGUUUAAUGAUAGCUUCUCUUUAUUUAGAAGUGAAUGUAAUAAAAGAAUUUCGGAUUUUUCUUUAUCAAGCCUAAAAAUAAAGACAAGAGAUAUUAAUAAUGAAGAAGAUAUUUCAUUUGAUUUUUCAAAAAUAGAUGAAGCGGAAGGAGAAGAAUAUGAGGAAGAUGAUGGUGAUAAUAACGAUGAUGAAAAUAUAGAGAAAACAAAACGUACAAAAAGUAAUUUAAGUACGUUUCGUAGACUAUUUAAUUUGAAAAGGAAGAAAAAGGAUAAAGAAGAAAAACCUAAAAAAUCAGACGUCUUUCCUUCGGAAUCCUUUUUAUCAUAUUUUAAAAGACAACCUUCAAGUGAUAAUCCUAAUAAUAGUACCAUAGACAAAAAAGAAAAUAUUCAUAAUUUAGAUAUAGAUAAUAAUAUAGAAGAUGAUAAUAAUAAAAGUAGUGUUAUAUUGUUAAAUAAUAAAUCAUUAUCAGUAGAAGGAUAUAUAUAUGAUAAUGAAAGCAUAAUUAUAGAAAAAGAAGUAGGGGAACAUUUACAUAUAGAAAAUAUGGAAGAUAAACAUAUUUCAUUAGAUGAUAUAAAUAAUGAAGAAAUAUAUGAUAGUCAUAGUAAAUCAUCUAUUAAUCAUAACAUAUACUUAAAUGAUAUAAAUAAAAUAAAUCAAAUAAUGGAACAAAAAGAACAAAAGAAUUAUGCACAUAACAAGGAUUUAAUCAAAGUUGUAAAGAAUAAACCAAUUAAGGCAGAUGAUAAGAAUAAGAUAAAAGAAAAGAAUAAUAAAACUAGUGAGCAAGUUAAUGAUAUGAAUGAAUCAUAUUCAUUUUUAAAUAGUAGUAAUAGUUCUUAUGAGGAAAAUGAUAAAAGAGAAUAUAAGCAGAGUAAGGAGAUGUCGAAUAUUCAUGACAAAGGUGACAAUAAGGGUAAUGAUAAAAAUGAACAUAAUGGUGAUUAUAAAAGUAAUACAGAUAGUAAAAAUAAGAAUAAUCUUAAAAGUAAUAAUAAAAGUGAUUCUAAAAUUACUGAUAAAAGUGAUCCAAAAAAUAGUAGUAAAAGUAAUAUUACAAAUGACAAGACUGAAAGUAAGGAAAAUAAUAAACAUUAUUAUAAUAAACAAAGUUCUAGCCAUCGUAGUCAGAAAUCACAAAGUAUUAUAGAGGACGAACUGAAGAAACACAAAUUUGAAGACCAUGUUGUAAACAUAAGAAGGAAAUUAAGCAAAGAAAAAAUAAUAGAUGAUAACAUUGAUGAAGGAUCAAUAAAAAAUACUAGUAGGAAAAAGGAAAAUUCUUUAUCAAAGUCAGAUAUAUCAUAUCAUAGUAAGCAGGAGGGAAAUAAAUACGAAAGGUAUUCCAAUCUAAGUUUCUUUAAAAAAACUGAUAAAGAUAAUAAAAUAAAUAAGUUUUUUAAGAAUUUAGGAAGAUUUAGUUUUACAGCUUCUAAGAAAAAAGAUAAUAAAAGUUUAGAAGGAAUUUAUACAAAUGAUAUAAUAUUAUAUAGUUUUAGUGAUGAAUCCGAUAUAGAAGAGGGGAAUAAAAAAAAAAAUGAAAAAAUGUAUAAUAAUGAUUCAGAAAAAAUAUACUCGAAAAGUUUUGUAUUGAAUAAUUAUGCUGGUAAGAAAGAUGACGUUAGUAACAUAAAUACAAGUGAACAGGUUGAUAAUCUGUAUUCUUACAUAAAUAAAUUGAAGAAGAAAAAGGGUAGCGCGGAGUUGGAUAAGACUCAAAAUGAUCAAUCUGUAAUGAAAGAUAAUGGAAAGGAAGUUGAAGUGAAAAAGGGAAAUGAAAAGGAUGAUGAAGAUGAAGAUGACGAUGAUGAAGAAGAUGAGGAUGAAGAUGACGAUGAUGAUGAAGAAGAUGAUGAUGAAGAUGAUGACUAUAAUAAUAAUGGUAACAACACAAGAAUUAAUUCCAAAAAAGAAGAUAGUAUCACUUCACAAAAUAAUUAUAAACAUUCAAAUAGUAAUAAUCUUCAAGAUAAAGAUGAAAAGAAAGAUAGAAAAAACUUUCCAGAAAAUGAUAAUAUUACUAAUAAUAAUUAUUCAAAUGAUAUGAAUCAAUAUGAACAAAAUAAAUAUAAUAGUGCAAAUAUAUUAUCCCCUAGAUUUGGUUACAGCACAUCUAAUAAUGAUGUUUUUAAAAAAGUUGACAAAUUAUCUGAGAGUAAUUCAAGUGAAGAUGAAAAUUCUGAAUAUAGUGUAAAGGAAAAUAAAAAUAGUAAAAAAGAUAAAGGUGAAGAAAAUAAGGGGAAAGUACAGUUUUUUAAGGAACAGAAGAAUGAUUCAGAUAAUAUAAUGGAUAAAAAAGAUAAGAAAAAAAGAGAGAAUAAAAAAGAGAUAAAAGAAGAAACGACAAAAAAUAAAAGUUCCAGAAUCUCAUCAAAUUCAUCAUUAUUUGAUAAUACAAAUAGAGACAUGAAUAUAAUUGAUAAGCAUAAAAGUUCUGAUAAUGAGUGUGAUGAUGAUGAUGAUGAUAAAGUAGUAAUAAAAUUAUCUAAUAAUAAAGUAGAUAAUAGGGAAAUUUCGAGUUUUCAUAAUAAUAAUUCUGAUCAUGAAAAUAAUAAGAAUACAAAAGGUGGAAUAUCAAAAAGUUUUAUAGAAGACAAAAAAAGUACAUCUAUAUUUUCAAAAAAAAGUAAAAUGAGGGAAGAAAACUCAUCUAAUUCUGUUGAAAUUAUAAGAUUGUCAAGCUUUAAAUCUAGAAAGGAUAUGAACACAAAAAAGAUAGGUGGUAAUAGUGACAAGGAUGAUUCCUUAUCAAAUGAUAAUAUUUCAAAUGGUUAUUUAUCAGACACACAAAAAAAAGAAGAUUAUUCAUAUUAUAAUUAUGUUCAAUCGAUUCUACCUUUUGGUAUGUUAGGUAAUAAAGGAUCAGGUGAUUCAUAUUCAAGUAAUAGUAUGAAUGAAGACGAUAAAGCAUGA